AUGUCGAGCUCUAAUAUCUCACUCCCCGAAGAUCUCAGGGGUUUCAUGGGACGCAUUAUUGAACUAGAGUUUAUUAUUAGGGCGUCAAAUGGAGAUAGGUCUGUCGGUACCACUGUUUCCGCCGCCGAAGUCUACACAGGCGUCCUAAACUGGGUCUUGGAGUCCUGCAAAACGGUGGAGAAUUCUUCAACACUUCCCCCCGCCCAGUGGAGGGCUUCUUUUUCGGCACGUUCUGAGCCCGACGACAUUCCAACCCCAGAUGAGUUGCAGGCCUACAUAAAUCAAGUGAUUGGGGUGAUAAAUGAGGAGGUCCGACUGCGUGCCAAAUACAAGAUCGCCGACCUCUCGACCGGAGAGAUGAAGCGCGUGAAGCAUAUCAAGGACGUGUUUGUCCUCAUUAUGACAAAACUGAACAUGCUGGGUAGACUCAAGUGGGUCAAUGGGGGAACUGGGACAAUGACACAGUUAAUGGCCAACGUGAUCACUCUGAUGACCGGGCCAGGGGUGAAUGCGAACGACCUGGUCCCCACGUACAAAACUCAGGAGGAGGCCUUGGAACAUGCGAACCAGGUGAUUGACGAAAUUAUGGCUGAGGACGCCAACAAGUGA